AUGUUUUAUACGGGGUUAUAUCACUCUCAUCUUAUGCCCUCGGAUCGGACGGGUGAGAACCCUUAUUGGGAUUCGGGGGAGCCUUAUUAUGAUGAUUUCUAUACGCUUUGGGUGAGCCGAGCUCUGAAAUUUCACUGUCUAAGCGAAAACAUGUGUUUUAUUAAUAUCUAUGUACUGUACAGGACACAUUCCGCUGUACCCACGCACUAAUAACCCUCAUCCUCCCAAAAAGACAAAUCGAAAUCGUCAAAUCCCUCAUAGACAUCUGGCGCCACGAGCGCUUCAUGCCCGACGGUCGGAGUCGAAACUCCAACGGGCGGGUGCAAGGGGGUUCAAACGCAGACAACAUCCUGGCUGACGCCUAUGUGAAAGGACUCCAAGGGGGUAUCAAUUGGACAGACGGGUAUCUGGCGAUGAAAACUAACGCGGAGGUCCUCCCAUAUAAUAACUUCGAUUUCGAAGAUCUCACCGGAAGCACGAAGGAAGGACGUGGCGCGUUGCCUGAUUGGAAGAAAUAUGGAUUCGUGACACCCGCGUAUGGACGUUGUAUCAGUAAAACGGUUGAGUACUCGCUUAACGAUUUUUCCUUGGCGCAGGUCGCGAUGGGGGAGGCACCGGGGGAUGUGGGGGUUAUAUAUGAAUCGAUCCACGUACUGACCUCCUCUCCUCCAUUCAUCAUCCAAUCUCUCACUCAGGCUUUUCCACAAACUAACAAAUCCCAUCCUCCAUCAGAGGUUGGCAAAAAUCCUGGUCCCUAUCCACCACCUCCCUAA